CCAUCAUAUCGGCUAGACUGGUGAUUUACACGAGUGUGCUGACAUGGCGGCACAACUGCAACUAGUUGUCGUGUUUCUCUUGUCGCCGGACGUCGUGUGUGUUGCGGUUUCUUCGCAGCAGUAUUUACCGCAGUAUCAAGAGUCACUGUUUUGCGUUAUUACAAUCGUUAUAUCAUAAUAUAAGUUCGCGAUCGUAAUACUAUAAUAUAAGUUCCCGAUCGCAUGGUGCCCACCGCACGCCGCUUGCCACCGCCCAGCUGAUCGCCAGGAAUAACUCAUCCACCGCCUACUCCGAUCACCACCGCAGACCAACACCAUCAUCGCCUCCGUCGUUAUAUAGUAUUUUAAUGAAACGAGAUAAAGAAGAAUCAAUACAAGGAAAAUGCAUUUAUCGCCUCUUUGAUUUAUUCAAAGGGAAUAUUUCAAAAUAUAUUCUAAUGUCUUAAAUUAGUAUUUCGUAGUUUAAUAUACUCCAUAAAGCAUAGUUUUAAGAACUCCAAAACCCAGACUUCAUAUACCAUUAUCAAUGGAAUAUAAAAAUCAAAAAACAGAAUCAAGAAUAUGUAAAAAAUAUGCAAAAUCCGAGUACAAAAAAUCGUCUUAUGCAGAGACACAUGGCGCGUUACAAUCAUUACGUCAUAAUGGGUUUUUUUGCGAUAUUAAACUAAAAGCCGACGAUAACAAAAUAAUAAUCGCACAUAAAGUGGUUUUAGCAUCUGCCAUUCCAUACUUCCGUGCUAUGUUCACCAACUUUUCAGAAAGAAAUCAUGAUGUUGUUGUUAUGAGAGAGAUAGAUUCAACCGCUUUACAGCUGUUGGUAAACUUUGUUUAUUCCGGAAGAAUCGUGAUCACUGAAGAAAACGUCCAGGAUUUAUUGCCAGCUUCAAAUCUCUUGCAGUUACAAGAAGUAAAAGAGGCGUGUUGUGAUUUUUUACAGUCACAAUUGUGCCCCACAAAUUGUAUCGCUGUAUACGUAAUAGCUGAUAUAUAUAGCUGUUCGAAAUUGUUAAAAAGUUCAGAAUUAUAUAUUCAACAACACUUUUCACAAGCUGUUGGUGGUGAUGAAUUCCUAUCGUUAUCAUCAGAACAAGUAAUUCAGUUGAUCUCUAGUGAUAAACUUACAGUUCCAUCUGAAGAAAAAGUAUUUGAAAGUGUUAUUCGUUGGGUUAAAUAUGAAUUAGGGUCAAGAAAGCGUAUUUUACCCCAAUUAAUGGAACACGUACGUUUGCCGUUAACAUCGAAGGAUUACAUAAUAAAAAAAGUAGCCAAGGAACCUCUUAUUAAGAAUUGUUAUAAAUGUAAAGAAUACAUCAACGAGGCAUUACAUUUUCAUAGACAGAAGUCAAAAUACCUGAUUCCACAUAACAUCUGGAAUAAUCCUAGACAUGGAGAUAAGGUUAUCUUAGUUGUUAGUAGAUUUGAUUCUAAUGAAUGUAUCAGUACAAAAUUUUAUGAGCCAAAAAUAAGCCAAUGGAAUAAUGGACCUGCAAUGAUAACAAACCGUAAAAAUGCUGGUCUAGCCGUAGUGAAAGAUAAUUUAGUGUUUGCUGUGGGUGGUUCUACUGAUACGUUUCAUCAACUUCGGUCUGUUGAUUUGCUUGAUUUAUCUGCAGAGUCAUAUUGUUGGAGGUCAAGUGUUGAGAUGUUUGUUAAACGAAACAAUGUAGGAGUUGGUGUAAUCAAUAAUUAUCUAUAUGCCGUCGGUGGACAUAAUAAUAGUGAUUCGGAAUUAGAUAGCUCGGAAGUUUUUGAUUACAAUGCUCGAAAAUGGCGUAUGAUAUCUAGUAUGUCUACUAGAAGAGAUGGUCAUGGGAUCGGAGUCCUGAAUAAUCUUUUAUAUGCGGUAGGAGGAAAUGCUUCAUCAUCACAGCAAUUAAAAUCUGUUGAAUGUUAUGAUCCCAGUCUUGAUUCAUGGACAUCAGUCGCAAGAAUGUCCGUAGGUCGCGCCGCUGUUGGAGUAGGAGUUUUAGACGGUGUACUGUAUGCUGUAGGUGGUCAUAAUGAAUUUAAAAGUCUGAGUAGUGUUGAAGCAUACAGACCAAGAACGGGAGUUUGGACUACUAUUGCGCACAUGAAUUUUCCUCGAAGUGGUGCAGGAGUAGUUGCAGUAGACGAUUUACUGUAUGUCUUUGGUGGAUCUGGCAAGUCCCACACUGACGAUUCUACAGAAUGUUACAACCCAAAAACUAAUACCUGGACCAUAGUUGCACCUUUAAGGAUUCAUGAAUAUGCUAGAGCCAGAGUAGUAGCCAUUAAUAGGCCAUGACAUUUAAAUUUGUUAGCAUUUAUGAUUUUUGUUUGAGACAAUAUUAUAUAAAUGUUUUCUUAUUUAGUAAUAUAGUAUCUUAAUUGAUUUUUUA